AUGAAUCCAUAUAUUUUAUCUGUACUUCUAAUAGGACUUGGGUUAGGGACCACAGUAACAUUCGCCAGCUCCCACUGGCUGCUAGCAUGGAUAGGACUUGAAAUGAAUACUCUGGCCAUCCUCCCGCUAAUAGCUCAGCACCACCACCCCCGAGCUGUUGAAGCUGCUACCAAGUACUUUCUAAUUCAAUCCGCAGCAGCCGCUACAAUCUUAUUUGCUGGUGUAACCAAUGCUUGAUUGUCCGGACAAUGAGAAAUCCAACAAAUCUCCCACCCUAUCCCCACCACCCUUAUAAUUAUUGCCCUGUUCCUUAAAAUUGGUUUGACCCCUCUUCAUGCUUGAUUGCCUGAGGUUAUUCAAGGUUUAGACCUAACCACAGGUUUAAUUCUAUCCACCUGACAAAAGUUAGCGCCAUUUGCCCUGCUUGUCCAAGUAUUACCUGAUAUACCUACUCUAUUAGUUGGUUUGGGCUCUCUCUCGGUUGCAAUUGGGGGAUGAGGCGGAUUAAACCAAACUCAACUACGAAAAGUCCUUGCAUACUCCUCAAUCGCUCACCUGGGUUGAAUAGUAAUUGUUUUACAAUACUCAACCCUCUUAACGGUCUUAGCCCUCACUAUAUACAUCACUAUAACUACUUCUGUGUUCCUGAUCUUUAAAUUGCUAAAAUCAACGAACAUAAAUACAUUAGCUUCAUCAUGAUCGAAAGCCCCAGUUCUUACAGCCUUCACCCCCCUGAUCCUCCUAUCCUUAGGAGGGCUUCCACCAUUAUCAGGUUUUAUACCAAAGUGAUUAAUUAUCCAGGAGUUAACUAAACAAGAAUUAGGGCUAGUUGCGACAUUAACAGCUUUAAUAGCCUUAUUAAGCCUAUUUUUUUACUUACGCAUCUGUUAUUCCCUUUCACUUACGUCAUCACCGAACAAUUUACUAGGUUUAUUACCUUGACGAAUGAACACAAAGCAAGUUACUCUUCUCAUAACUACCUCAAUGUCUCUAUCUAUACUUCUUUUACCAGUAUCACCUGCUAUCUUUUCCCUAGUUAGUGCUUUGUAG